UCAUCAAUCAAAGAAGAAUAAACCAGUAUUUUCAGUUUCUUUUAGUUUAAGUUCGUACGAUUACGCGAUGGACGAACCGAUCGUCCAUCAAUUGGUAUCAGAGCCUGGUUUUGAAAGAACCCAGGAGCCGAGCACCAUGCCGCCAAAGAAGAACAGCACGAGUUCUUCUUCAACAGAGGCUGUCGCCUACGCUAUAGGGCAGCAGAUCCCGGAGGUCCUGGAUCGUCUUGCCGAGCACGACCAGCAGCUUCGUACCAUUAGAGAUGACCGCAGUGUGAUCCUGGCAGAUAUUGGCCAGCUCAAGGAGUCGCAGAACCUGCUCCAGAUCGAGGGUCGCCAGGGACGAAGGGAGCUUCAGCACAAGGUUGAGCAGGAAUCAGAAUCCAUGGCGAGGAAGCUUGCGCAGGUAUCCGAGUCCAUACGCGGGGAGAUGCAGGAACUCCGGGACAUCAUGCGCCGAGGAUUCCAGGAGCUUGCAAGGAACGGAGGGGAAAAGUUCGGGCCCGACGGUACUGAUCGGGAGAAGCCAGGGAAUCAAAGGACGAUUGAUCAAAUACCUCCGAUAGAGAAGCUGAAGGGCACGGCAGGGGAGCCGGACUCGGCAAAGGGAGGAGGUCACGAGGCGAUGAGCACCGAAUGGCUCUCCAGGGAUGACCUCAAUCGACUAAUCCGACUGACCGAAAGCACCUGUCUUAUUGCGGAAGGAUCGUGACGACCUGUGACAGAGCUACCGUAUCCGCUGCCUUCACCACCACGUCACCGCCAGCACCCAGCUUCAGCGUACCGCUGCCGCCAUUAGCCGUUCCUCACACCACCACCAAAGCUGUUCGGUUCCGCUCGAUCGGUCCAACCAUCACCCCAAAAGCAGCGCCGACCUUGCUGUCCACUCCAAGACCACCACGGAUGGUCAUCGCACCACCAUCGCAGCCUGUCAAAACCCUAGAACCACCAUUGUCACCAUCCUCAUCGCCAGGUAACCACUGUGCCAUCAGCCGCCGCCUGUCGCCGUGGGCUCCUCACGCUGUUCAAAUCCCCACAGCUGCUGUCUGCUCGUUUCGUCGGAAAAUAAGGAGAAGAAAGAGGGGUAGCCGCGUCGAGAUAAAGGAAAAGAAGAGGAAGGGGAUAUCUUUGCGUCGGAUAUCCCGAGGUAGGUUUUCUUUUAAUCUCUUAAUUUCCACCAUUACGUAAAUAUCCUGUAUCCCUAGAAUAUUUGCAUAAAAACCGUAGGCAUAUUACAUGCCACUGACCGACCAUUUAGCCUGUCAAUUUGGCUUGACGUAAACACCACUAAUUAGUUGAAAACCACUCUAUAUGCAUCAUGCGAGUUACAGCACAUUCAUUAUUUUGAUUCAUUAAUUGAUAAAUUUGGUGAUUUGAAGUCUGCAGUAGUACUUUCUUACCGUUAAAAAAAAGGGUAAAAUAGACAGGAGUGGCUCGUAAGGAUGUUUCAGGCCUACCCUCAGCGGCAACUUAAUGAUCGCAUUCUGCAGCUGGCCAGGCAGGGGCGAGUUAGUUUGGGUCGCUGUAGGGGCCAAGAUUUGGUGAGUAAGGGGGGUCCCUUAGUCACUUGCCUAAGUCAAUCUUAGCCUUUCAAGUUCAUUAAAAUCCAAUGGCUCUAAUUAAUUCAAUUUAAUGAAGGGUAGUGUAGUAAUUACUUGAUUCAUGAUUAUUUUAAUUUUAAAAAUUAAUAAUUAUAAAAUCCAACAGCAGCGACCCUUUUCCCAGCGGCCGACCAGCCCGUCUCCUCGCCGCUUUUCCAGUGCGAGGUUGUGCACCUGCCAUUUAUUUUUUUGUGCGUGCUCAUAGAGAGACUCCUGGCCAUUAAUUUUUUGGUUCGUCCCAGAGAGAGAGAGAGAGAGAGAUUUUGUACUGUUAGUAUGCUUUGUAUUGUUUGUCGGUUUAUUUUGUAAUGUUUGUACGCUUUGUUAUUUUGUAAUGUUUGUCGGGUUUUUUUGUAAUGUUUGUACGCUUUGUUAUUUUAGAAUGUUUGUCGGUUUUUUUUGUAAUGUUUGUAAAUUUUGUUAUUUUUGUGUAUCGUGUUUAUCAUUUUUGUCAACCAUGUUUGUAAUGUUUUUUAUGUCUAAAAAACACCCGGGUUGACUUUGGGAAGGAGCCCCUCUAUAUAGGGAUGGAGCCUCCAAAGUCAACCCGGGUGUUUUUUCAGUUCGUAUGGAUUGUCGGUAUAGUUUGUCAUUUUUGUCCACCAUGUUCGUACUGUUUGUAUGUCUAAAAAACACCCGGGUUGACUUUGGGAAGGAGCCCCUCUAUAUAGGGAUGGAGCCUCCAAAGUCAACUCGGGUGUUUUUUCAGUUCGUAUGGAUUGUCGGUAUAGUUUGUCAUUUUCGUCCACCAUGUUCGUACUGUUUGUAUGUCUAAAAAACACCCGGGUUGACUUUGGGAAGGAGCCCCUCUAUAUAGGGAUGGAGCCUCCAAAGUCAACCCGGGUGUUUUUUCUUUUUGUAUGGUUUGUAUUGUUUGUCGGUCUAGUUUGUAUUGUUUGUACAGUUCAUACGUUUGUAAUGUUUGUGAAUCUGUUUGUAUGUUUUGUCGCUCUAGUUUGUACUGUUCGUAUGUUUGUAUGGUUUGUACUGAUUCUAAGUCCGGUUUGUAUACUUCGUAAUUUUCCAUAAUACCCAAACUACCCCUGUCAUUAAUUAAAUAGCCCUUCCCACUUUUUAACCAUCAGAUUGAUGUGUCCAUAUCUAAGGGCUGGGAGGGGCUCAGUCAAGUGACUAAGCACCCCCCUUAGUCACCGAAUCCGCUCUCUCGCUGUAGCAGGGUUUUUUUGCCGGCAGGCGCCUUCUGGGCUGCUGUACGUCUUGUUUUGCUGUUCGUCUUGUUUAGCUGUCUUUUCUGUCUUGUUCUUGCCGUAGUGAUGGUCUGGUCCAUCAAGCGCGUUUCUUGUUUGUGCCUGGACAAUAGGUUUCUGUUUCCUUCGUUCUUGCUUUUUAUGUUUCCUUUUGUUCUCAGGAUCAAGCCUUGUGAUCCUUGUUUGUUGCCCGAACUUCCUUUUGUUUUCCUGGUUUUGCUCUCCAAUAAAAUCUCGCACUUAUCAAAAAAAAAAAAAAAAAAAAGGUAAAAUCGGAAGCUAGGAGCAGAGGCGUUCCAUAAUUUUCAUUACUUUAGAAGAUGAUAAUUAUCAACCUUGUUUCUCGAUUGACGUUCCAUUUUUAAACUAAUCAAACUUAAAUUACCCAAUCGAACUACGCGAACUUUGAUCUCGAGAUGUCGGGUACGUAGGCGAUCGAAAGAUUCAAGUCCAUACAACUCCUAAAAUAUUAUUUUAUCAUAUUACACAAAUCAUUACCGAUGGGUACAUGAUCAAUUAAUCGCCUAACCUAUUUAAACAAAUUACGAUCGAUGGAUCGUGUUCAAAUUAAAUAACUAUUACGUACCGAUGGGUACGUGAUCAAUACUUUUCUAAUCCAUCUCAAACAUAUUACGAUCGAUGGAUCGUCAUCAAAUUAAGAAACCAUUACGUACCGAUGGGUCGUAAGCAAACGUUUUAAAAUAACUAAAUGUCCGGCGAACUACGAGAGCUUUGAUCCCGAGAUGUCGGGUACGUAGGCGGCCUACGGGUCCAAGUCCACUAAUAAAUAAACCUUUUCCCCCUAAAUCUCACCAAAAAUAAUAGUAAAUUCUUCCAACAUAAUUACAUGUUGAUGAACAUGUAAUAUAUUUAACAAGUGACAUUUCAUAUGCGUAGUAAAUCCAAAUAGUUUCAAACAAACAAAUAUCAAAUAAAAAGACAAAUCAAACUUAUAGUACUGAUUUAGGGCGAUGUAAGGGUGCUAAUACCUUCCUUACUCGUAAUCGACCCCCGAACCCAUAAAUCCAUUUCGCAGACAGAGCCGAGUUUAAAUCCUAACCGAUUUAAGCUUGACGUUCCAAGUGUCCAAUCCACUUUGAGAGAUUGGUGGCGACUCCUCUUUUUCGCGCCGCGUCGCAGACGGACCGUUUGUGACACCACCAUCUCUCAAGAGGGACGUGAAGAGGUUCUGAUAUCACUUGUAACACCCCGACCUUGUCUGAUCAAGAUAUUGUUCGCUUUAGGUCUAGACCCUCACGGUUUUAGGCUUGAGGUGCAUAUCAAUGUUACUUCCCAUAAAAUCAUCAAUCCUUG